CGUCAAGCCUCUGAUCAAAUUCCAAAUUCUCCGUCAAAAUUCCUCCAAGAAGCCGCGACUUCCAACCUGGAAGGCCUAUCGAUUGCGUUUGUCUAGCAAGUUAUGAAACGUCGAUGUAGUGGCGCUGGUGUCGAGACGCCCGUCGCGAUGCCUCGCACCGACAGCCCCUCAGUAGACCUGUUGUCGUCGCCACGUAAACACCACCAACUCAUAUGGCCUAAUAAAGACGCUGCCAACCAACAACACAAGGUGAAGAGUUGCUCCACCGAGUUUCCACGAAGACGCACUAAAAGAACUUCCACCAUCAUGACCACUGAGGAUAAUGGAAAUGUGGGUUUACUGAAACCAACGUCUAGCAGUAAUGAAGAUCUGAGCGAGUACACUGACGCCGAUGAGAGCAUUUCAGCCCCCACCGAAUUUCUAGCAGAGUUCCUAUCAGCUGUGAUGCUGAAAGACUACGUAACUGCAUUAAAGUACUGCAAACUGAUACUACAAUACGAGCCCAACAAUGCCACCGCCAAAGAGUUCUAUCCGCUGAUCCUCGAAAAGCUCAAGCAAAGCAACCUGGAGGAUGGGAGUAGCAACGAUAGCGAAGAGGAGGAGGAGGAUAAUAGCUCGUCCAGCAGCAGCUCGGACUCGGAUAGCAGCAGCAGCUCGGAGGAGAGUAGCGAGGGACAGGAGGAAGAAGAAGAAGAGGAAGAGGUAGAGGUAGGACGAGGCGAUAAACAAUCAAAGGGUUCUUCGGACGGCGACGCCACCACUGGUAGCUACUCGAGUUUAGAAGACGACGAGGCCGAAACGGACCAGUUGGCAGCACUAGCCGCCAAGUACCAGAUUGAUAACGUCAAUCUAGGCAACGGCAACAAGAUUUACGGCACCGGCCUCGUCCCCUUCGACGAGCACCUCUCCAACGGCAGCAACGCCCUCAUCGUCCCCGGGAACCCGCCGGCCUUCGGCACCAGCUCCGACUCCGAGUCGCCGACGGAGCCGGUCAGCCAGCAGACGGUCCAGCUGCUGCGGGCCCGCGUCGUGCCAAACAAACAAUAAACCUCUUCUCCCUGUGUACCCAUCUCUAGGACAAUACCACUCGGCGGCGGCAAUUUCGGCGCUUUGGUUUCCGUUUUAGUUCGUGGCGCCGAAAUUGCCGCGUCCCGCGGACAGUAUUAUAUACACUUUAGGGUUCCACUAGGUAAUGAAAUUGUACUCUUUCGGAAAUGUCUCGAUGUUGUUUGCGAGCUGGUCGCGGAAAUACCUUAAGGGAUGUCAGUGAUAUAUUUUUGUAUUUUUUGUAAGUAGAGUUCUAGGAGAGCCCGAAUAACUGACCAAAAGUAGAUGUUUCGAGUGAUUUAUUCGUUGAGACGUUUGUUUAGAGUUUUUCUGAGGCAGAAGUAGCUAGUUGAAAAUUACAAAGUAAGACUGAAUGUUUUUCAUAGACACUUUUUUCGGUGCAUAGAGAUACUCAUACUUUUUAACUGACAUAUCUCUACAAACGAGUUGACUACUAAGUCGUGUUGUUCUAGACGGGGCGCCACUUUACUCGUUUAUUUCAGGUGAAACAAUAUUGUGUGCAACUGCGUUAAAAGCGAAAAAAUAUUGAGUGCAACGAGUCAAGCGGCGUCCCGUAUUCUAGCCUUAAAUUGUAUUCGUCCCUCAUAAUUAGUUACGGUUUUAUUGAUGUAUGUAACCUACAAAUUUAAAAAAAACCGAGAAAAGAAAGCGGGAACUUCGUGAGGUUCAAUUAUAAUCAAAACUGCGUUAGCUGAAAAACAAAGCUCCGGGAUUUUAUUUAGCCAUCCACGACGUAGAGUUCCUUGAUUUGACUUUAUUGUAUGUGAUUUUCUUACGUCCACGUUUUUGUAACACCUGCCUUUUAUAAUUGUGUAUUAUUCUAACUUGGAAUGGUGAGGCCUUGUACAUUCUCUGUCAUAAUAAUGUGAAGAUUAGGAUUUAAAUAAAGCAUAUCAUUA